CGGCCAUUGCGGGCCGGAAGGGGCGGGAUGGGGCCGGUCCGGCCGUGGGGGUCCCUGCGGGCCGCCAAGGAGCUUUGAAUCGGGACACGGGAUCGCCAUGGAGUCGUGGCAGCUCCGCUUCGACACUCUCGAGGCCCUGCGCCUCUCCAGCAAGGGCCAGUUGAGCUACUGCAGCCGCUGGCAGGAGGAUGAGGCUGCCUUGGAAGGAUGUGUGGCUCCCGUUGAGCUUUCCCCUUACUGCGGCUGGGUGCUGGACAGCCUUAGUGGGCAAUUAGCCCAAGAAAUCACAUCUUCCGGGACGUCAACGCCCAAACAAUCCACUCCACUCCCAAAACGGGCGUCUGAGGAGAAGAUCCCUCCUGGCAGCCACCGAAGCUCUUCACCACCUUCAUCUACAGAGCCCAGUGAGACCAAGGAAAACGAUCAUCUUAGUCUCCUGGAAAUAAAUCAAGAAGUUGUUCCAACAGCUCUGUCAUCUAAAGUUGCAAAAGUCGAAGGCUGCAUUCGGAUGUAUGAAGAGAUACACAGGCUGAAAGCAAAGGAGAGGCUGAGACAGCGGCAGGAGGAGCAGGAGCAGAUGGUGAGGGCAGCCUAUGCUCAGGCCAGUGAGCAGCUGAAGCGCUUUGAUGAACUGAGGGAGCUAAAGCGGCAUCAGGAAUUCCAAGAGUUGCAAGAAGUAAUGGAGAAGAGCUCAAAGGAGGCUCAGGGGCAGCAAGAGAAGUUGAAGGAAGAACAUCGACAUAGAGCAAAGAUAUUGAACCUAAAAUUGCGUGAGGCAGAGCAGCAGAGGCAACGGCAGGAAGAGCUGGAACGUUUGCGCAAGGAAGAGGGCCAGGAGAGACUGCGUCGCCUUUAUUCCAUCCAGGAGGAACUGCUGCAGCUGAACCAGCAGAUUGAUCCCAACUACAGGCACAAAGACUUGCCCAGAAUCGAUCUGUCUGCAUACAGCAAUCGUGGCAAUCAGAUCUGUGGACUGGUGUCAGGGCUCAUUCGCACCACAAGUGAGAAAGGGUUCCCAACUCAAGCAGAUGUGGCCAGCACUGAACGAGCCUUGCAGGAGAUGCGAGGGUUGAUAUCCAGCAUGCAGCAGGAAAUCACUGCAGCUCUAGAAGAAAAAAAGAGAAAAGAUGAAGAGGAAAAGAAACAAAAGCAGAAAGAGUUAGAGCAAAAAGAGCAAAUGAAGAAUCAGACUCCUGCCCCUGCACAGCAACUGGGGGGAAAGCAGCAGAAGGAAGGACUUCAAGUUAAAACAGAAGAAAGUAUCAUGCAAUGGUACCAGCAGCUUCAGGAUGCUGCUGAGAAAUGUGUUGCUGCUUUCAGUGAAAUUGGAAACUGCAAGGGCAACACUGAGGUGAAGAAGAUAAAAACAAACUUGCAGAAAGCAGCUACAAUCCCUGUGAGCCAGAUCUCCAGCAUAUCAGGCUCUAAGCUGAGAGAGGUGUUUGACAAGAUCAAUAACCUGCUGUCUGGGAAGCCUGUUCAGACUGAAGGGCAAACUGUGUCAGUGACUCAGCAUCCACAGGGGCUGGAGUUUGUUUAUUACAAACUUGCAGAGAAGUUUGUGAAACAUGGGGAAGGAGAAGUAUCUUUUCACCAUGAUUCAGCUUUCCCAAUUGCUGUGGUGCUCUCAGGAAUCUGGGAAUUACAUCCUCGAGUCGGAGACAUCUUUUUAGCUCAUCUGCACAAAAAGUGCCCAUAUUCUGUGCCAUUUUACCCAGCUCGGAAAGAAGGGACUUCUAUGGAGGAGUAUCAGAGGAUUCUUGGAUAUGAAGUUCAUGAUUCUAAAGUGGAAGAACAAGAUCAUUUUCUUAAAAGGAUGUCAGGAAUGAUUCGUCUCUAUGCUGCCAUCAUUCAGCUCCGGUGGCCUUAUGGAAACAAACAAGGGGCACAUCCUCACGGUCUGAGCUAUGGGUGGCGCUGGCUUGCGCAGAUGUUGAAUCUGGAGCCUCUGGCAGAUGUGACAGCUAUGCUGCUUUUGGACUUCCUGGAAGUGUGUGGCAAUGCUCUGAUGAAGCAGUAUGGGAUUCAGUUCUGGAAAACAAUGUUCUUUAUCCAGAAAUCCUAUAUCCCAAGAAUUGAAGCUGUGACCAGUUCUGGCCAGAUGGGCGGUUUGUCACGUUUGAAGAAUUUUGUGCAGAAAUGUCUAAAAGCAGAGGAAAUUCCAUUACCAAAAGGCAUUCUGACACCUUCCUUUUGGAGAACAUAAAUCAAUCUGUAUUUCCUUUCCCUUUAAUGUUUAAUUCAAGAAGAUUUAUUUGUUAGAAGCUAAUCUUUGCAUUAUAUCUUUAUGAGUUUUUGUAUAAUAAAUUACUGAAACUUCAA